AUGCCUACUCUAGCUUCCUACUUUACCAGUGUCGACAGUGACAGCGAUCAUUUAGAUUUAAUUCCUUCCUCAAGGAUACGCGCCAAUAACAAUCGAAAAUAUCCGUCCCCAAGAGGUAUGACCACUACUUCCACUCAACCACAAUUUGUUGCAAAUGACUCUCCAUCUGGUUCACCUCCUCCCUCUCCAUCAUCCUCUCAAAACAGCUCUCAUUCACUCUCCAUCUCUGAACGCUCUCGAUCCAAGAGCUGUUCAGGAAGCCCCAAUUUGUCACCUGACAGCACCGCCACCUCACGAAGAUCCAGCAAAAGUUCAAACAGUGGUACAAGUUCCAAUGGUGGUUUCAUGCCCAUUGUACACUCGCCAGGUGUUCAAUUAGUGUACGGUAACAAUAUUGAAAAUGGUUCUGUACCAACAACAAUCAAUUCAUUGAGCUCGUCCUUGUCAAGCUCACCUCGUAUCAUGGUCGAUAGUUAUGAAAAAACAAUCAAAGAAAUUAUCAAAUGUUAUCAGUUCAAUUUUGAAAAGUUUAUUACGUCUGGACCCGAGUUUGUCGAAUCGUUUAAAGAAUAUUUGAAUUUGGAAUGUAAUUUAGCUCCUUUUGAGUUUUGUGAAAAAGUGACCGAGUUUAAAUUAUUGAGCUUGCCACAAGAUCGAACAGAUAUGGCUCAUUCAAUUAUUGAAACUUAUGUGAAGAUGGCAAGUGACAAGGAAAUUAAUAUUUCAAGCAAUAUUCGAGAGGUCAUUUGUUCUGAAUUUAAAUCAAAUCAAUCGAAUGGAGAAGUACCACUUUCACUUUUUGAUAGAGCUCUCGCGGAAGUUCAAUUCUCAUUGAAGAAUGACACUUUUCAAAGAUAUGUCACAUCGAAUGAUUUUGUGAAAUUUAUCAUGCAUCACAUUCAACAUCACAGCUCAAAUUCUCCAACCACUCUGAAUCACAACACCACACUCACAAGUACAACCAUACGAAGAAUCAGUACUUGCAGUGAAGACGAAGAUGCCUUUGACACCAACACUAUUCAUAAUUUUUGUAGCUCCAUUGGUACUCUUUCUCCAACUCCAAGAGGAAGAACUGUAUCCUGUGCACAACAGUUAAUUACCAUACAAGUGGAGCCCACCCAUAGUCAUUGA